AUGGCAGUUAACUACGUUUGUGAUAAUUAAACAAUAAAUAACAAUAGAGAAAUCUAAGAUGAAAAAUAAAUAAGUGUUUCUACUUCUAAAUUAAUUCUUUAUUUUAAAUCCCUCAUCAUUUUAAUGAAGAGAUGGAAUGUAUGUGUUAUUGUUUAAAUAAUUAUGGCUGGCAUACUCCUGAUUUCUGAGCAGUAAGCAGCAAAAAUUAACUUAAUUUUUGGGUUAUUUAUUCCCAUCUAUUAGCACCUCGUUGCUAUAAAAUCUCAAAGACAUAUUAAUUCAGCAAAUAACUCUUUUUCAUCACCUAUUUUAAAUUCAUAUAAUUUAACUAAAAAAUUUGGACCUUCAUCUAUUCGUUUAUCAUCACCAUCAUCUUCUUACAAUUCGUAAUCUUCUUUCUCUUCAAACUCAUCCACAAACUCUUCAGCGUCAAUCAACAAUGAAAAGAAAAUAUAUCCUAUAGAAUAAAAUGUUAAUUCUGAAAGAUCUCUACAAGAUAAGUUAGGAUGUGCUGAAGUUUAUAACAUAGAACAUGAUAUAAACUUGCCACUUAGAGAUGAUUUUUGCUUAAAAGGUUUAGCUGAAGAUUCAAAUAAAGAGCUUACUCAUGCAAAAUCUUAAAAUAUUUCAAAUUCAAGAAAUAGCUUAACUUCUACUACUAAUACCUAUUCUGUACAUAUUAAUUAAAUUCUUUCUUAUUGGCCUAUGUUUUGUGUGCUUCUUAUUAUUGAAUAACAGCUUUUACCUAAGUCUAUAGUCAGAAGCCAUGAAUUUUAAAUCUUAAAAUGCCUUUUCAUUUUGAUUUUACGCAGUUAUUCAUUUUCAAUUUAUUUAUUUUUCAAGGAAACAAUUGAAAUGAAAGCUUUUGAACAAUCUUUAUUUACAACUCCUGAGAACAUUAAGUUAAAAAAUUAAAUCAUCAUGCAGAAAAUAGAUGACUAAAUCAAAUGCUAUUCAAAACUAAAAAUUUCUCUAUCGAAGUACUAGCAACCUUUAAAAUCUCCAAUUGUUUAACAAUCUUUUGUUUCUGCAAGAAGAGUAAAUAAUUGA